CUUCUGCCCCAUGUUGUGCGAAGGGUCGUGAUGCGCCUGAGUCCGAAAAGUCACCGAAAUGUGUGCCGUGCACUGUGGGUGUUGCCGGUCAUCCUCAUAUGGCUGAUGAAACUUUUGGUGAGGCUCAAGACGUUUUACAAGCACCACCUUCAAGUGGAGUUUGGAAUGAUGGCGGUGCAUCUCGUCAAGUCACUCCUGUUGCUUCGGGUGAGACCAUCUCUUUUUCUGCUGGAACUCCUCCUGCGCCGUGUGGUGGGGAUGUCUCUCGUGAGUUAACUGAAGCUUGUGCUUCUGUGAAGCAGCCCCUUUCAAGCGGCGCUGCGCAUUCACCAGCAGGAAUUCCUGGUGCCUCUCUCAAUGAUGGAGUAAACCCUGCAGCUUCCCAAAAUCGUAAUUCUGCUUCUGGCGCUAUGGUUUCCCAGGCUCAGCACAACUCCAGUCUGCCUGCCUUUUCGCACCUUACUGGCGACAGUGCCGCUGUUGGCGCUGGUGUCCCGGGUGCGACUCCUGCGGGAUCACACACGGUCUCGCAGCUUCCGUUUACCGGACAGCCGUCGAGUGAGAAGGCAGCGGGCCAAGAGAAGGCGGGCAUUGCAGCUGAAAGUGGGGCAAAUGCGGGCAUUGGCAGUGCAGGCGGUGUGCCACAGAACAGCAGCCCUGCUAGGAAUAAUACAACGGGGGGCGCAGCGUCCCGUGUCUCUCAGAAGCAAAGCAGCGUGUCAUUGCCAGAUUUACAAGGGGAAGAGAGUUCACAGUUAAAUGAGGACGGUGAAGAUGGACCCAGAAAAAGGGAAGAAGGUAAUUCUGAAGGGAAGGAAGGACGGUCUCCAGCACAACCACCAGGGAACCCUGCAAAGCCUCCGUCUACAACACAAAAGUUACCGUCGACAACGCCAGUUGGAAAGGCCGAGGGCGCCGGAGAAAAGAUGACUUCCCACGGCACUUUACCAAUGGGAGAAAAAAAUGAAGAAUACGAACAGAAAGCAGUUGUGGACACCCCACGUCCCAAUCAGAAGACACAAGAUGGAAACCAAGCGGGAGAGGCGCAGCAAACUCGCUCUGCAGGUGGCGGUGCUACUGUCACCAAUGAGGCUGAACAGCCCGCUGCGAAAGAUCUCGACGCCAUGCAAUUGCUUGAGGGUACGAGUCAACAACAAGAUGAUAUCCAGCGUGAGAGUGCAGCUGGCGAUGAGGAGGCGGCAAAACGAGCGGGGAGGGGCGCCGACGUUAAUACGGCUACUGGCGGCAACGGUGGCACUGCAGCUGAAGAGCCGGGCAGUGCCACGAGUGACGCCGACAGGGUGGACGCCAUCAAACCCACUGAGGAAGCAGGCAGGAACGACGCGAGCGCGGAACUUCGAGACGCAUCGGGGAGCGCAGCAACUACGGCAGCUGACAGAGCGAGAGGCUCGGCAGCACCGCCAGCCGCCACCAACACACCGACUGGCAGUGGGAAGGCAGAAAUACCAGCACUGCCAGUCGCCGCCACUAAUGCGACGAAGGCGACGCAUGACGACAGUGACAGUGGCACAGCGGCCUCGCACUGCACCUCCCCCCUUGCGCUGCUUCUUCUUGCGUGUGCAGGCGCUGCGAUGACGGCGGUGUGA